AUGUUUCAUAAAGGAGUGUUUGGAGCGCUGGUGGCAUGCUUGAUCGCUUUCUACUAUCUUGUUGUUGAACAGAGGGGCGAACAGUCGCUGUACACUACUUCGGAGGCUGUAAGGACCGAGAUAGAGACUGUUUUCCUGGAAACAUGGAGAGAUUACUCCUCCAAUGGCUGGCCGUAUGAUGUGUAUUCGCCGCUGGGCCACUCGAAACGCAACAUGCCUCCUUCGGGCGAUCCGAUGGGGUGGAUCAUAGUGGAUGCCCUGGACUCGAUGUUCAUGAUGUACAAUAGCUCGUCUGUACAUAAGAACGAGCUCCUGAAGGGUAUACUGGAGGCUCAGGUCUGGAUUGAUAAUGAGCUUUCAUAUGAAAUCGAUGCAGAGGUGAACAUUUUCGAGACGACCAUUAGAAUGCUCGGCGGACUGCUGUCUGCUCACUACUAUGCAAGCGAACUGAGAAUUGGAAAUCCGAGAGUGUACCUGAGGAAGGCUGUUGAUCUAUGCGACCGACUGGCUCUGGCGUUCGAAAAGUCCGAGAGCGGGAUACCAUACUCUAGUGUUAAUCUGCAAACGGGCGAAGCCAUCAAGAAUCAUGUCGACGACGGAGCUUCGUCCACGGCGGAGUUUACUACGUUGCAGAUGGAGUUCAAAUAUCUGUCGUACCUCACCGGGAAUUCAACAUACUGGAAAUUAGCCGAGAACGUUUAUCCUGCGCUUUACAAAGAGAACGAUUUGCUUGAUAGAUACCACGGAUUGGCUCCGAUAUAUACGUACCCAGACUCGGGUCGGUUUAUGGGGCAGAAUAUCAGGUUUGGAUCUCGAGGAGACUCGUUUUAUGAGUAUCUUUUGAAGCAGUAUCUUCUAACGCACGAAAAAUUGUACUAUGAUCUUUAUCGCCAGUCGAUGGAGGGAAUGAAGGCCUUCCUCGUCAGCCAGUCAAGUCCUAGCAAGUUCGCCUACAUCGGGGAGAAGCCGCACGGUCUCAUGAAUGCCUUAGACCCCAAGAUGGACCACCUGGUCUGUUUUAUGGGGGGCCUCCUCGCAAUGGGAGCCACCGAGGGCCAGAACAUCAAUAAGGCACGCCGAUCGCUCUCGUGGAAUAGCCAGAAGGAGGAAGACUGGAGAUUGGCUCAAGAUCUCACGCAUACCUGCUACCAAAUGUAUCACCAGUCUCCAUCGGGGUUAGCACCGGAGAUCGUGGUAUUUAAUGACGGCAGAGCUAUUCCAGACAACGCUUGGCUCUCGCCUUCUGGUGAUUUUUACGUGAAACCGGCAGACAGACAUAACCUGCAAAGACCAGAGACGGUUGAGUCCAUUAUGUUCCUCUACCAUCUGACGAAAGACGAUAAAUACCGUCAGUGGGGUUACGAGAUAUUUUCCAGCUUCGCAAAUAACACCUGCGAGUUCUCAGCGGACUCGCAAAAGCUCUAUCUCUCACUAAAAGACUGCAUCGAUUUGCCAACAGUCAAGAGCGACAACAUUGAGAGUUUCUGGCUCGCAGAGACACUCAAAUACCUACAUCUUCUGUUCCAGGACGAUGUCGAUCUAACCAGAGUAGUCUUUAAUACCGAGGCUCAUCCAUUCCCAACUUUCGAGCCUGAAAGGAUGCGCGAACUGGGUUUGCGCACGGGCUGGUCUCCAUAA